UUUAAUCGUGUGUUAUUAAACACUAUAUAAAUCAACAAGCACGUUGGAGAUCAGUUAAUAUGGCGGCGCUAAAAAAAACCGGUUGAUUUGUUGAUGUUUUAUAGCCAAGUCCCGAUUUGAAAGAAACAAUUUUGAAAAUGAUUAAAAUAUCAGCGUUAAACGAGGAAUCCAGCGAAGAAAGUGAAGAAGAGGAUGUACCAACGAUUACAAAAGAAGCUCAAGAACAGAUAGCUCUUACAGAAUACAAUAAAGCAUUAGAGCUGUUGAAAGAAAACAAGCAAGAAGAUGCGUUGAAUAUUUUUAAGGAUCUUUUAGAAACUGAAUUAUUGGACGAAGUUGAAAAACCAGAAAUACCCGAUGGCAGAUCUAGGCCGAUGUUAUCAUUAAAAUAUUCCUGCUUCAAAAAUAUUGGCGCCAUACAGGCUACAUUAGAAAACUACGAUGCAGCCAUAGAAAAUUAUUGGGAGGCUGCUAACUUAGAUGGUACUGAUGUAACGUUAUGGUAUAGGAUAGGCAUGUUAGCAAUGAAAAUUUCCAAUUUAGAACUAGCAUGUUCAUCGUUCAAACAAGGCUUGAAGUGUAAUUCUAAUCAUUGGCCCUGUUUGGAUAACAUGAUAACUGCCUUGUACGCGGUUCCUGACUACAUGAACUGUCUUUUAUAUAUUUCUAUGGCUCUAGAGCGCGAUCCCAAUUAUGUGAAAGGUUUGGCUUUUCGUGAAAAGAUAUUUAAAGACAUUCCAUGCCUCGAAGAGUGCUAUAAAUUGUACAACAGCGAUUGGCAAUUAGAUCCGCCGCUGUAUACCGAAUACGACCGUGUAAUUGGGGAAAAAUUAAUAAGAGAAGCGCAAGAAGUAGCAGGGAAGUGGGUGGAAGCUUGCAAAGCAGAAUUCACAGCGAAACCAUUACCAGAGCUGACGCUAAGAAAGCCCAUAAAAAGUUACACCUGGGUAGAUUUAGGAGAAUGUUUACUGGACAUGCAUAAAUACAUAACCGAGAAUGAUUUAAGUUUUGUCAGUAGGAUUAAUUUGGCGGUUCAAAAUUUUGAAGAAUCACCCAAGAGUAAUGCAGAGGGUGAUAUCCAAGAGAAUAAUAAUGUAAAUACUGAUACGGAAGUAUCCCAAAGUGCUGUUGUAAAGAAAGAAAAUGACGUUGACAAAUUAAUAAGAAUGGACAUAGACGAAGCUAACUCUCCUUUUGAAAUAUCUGACGACAAUCAAGUAUACGGUGGUACUGACACUAUGAUGGAUAUAGAUCCAGAAGAUGAUAAAAAAUCGUCUUCCUCAGAUGUACAGAUAAUAGAAGAUGAUGAUCCCUUGAGGAUUUCAGACACGGAUGCUGCUGAAGAACAGAAUCAGCUGAAGAAUGAUUUGGAGGAGCAAGGUAAUUUUGAGGAGGAUGAAAAUGGAGAUAAAAUGAUGGACGAUGCUUAUAACAGUGAGAACAGGAUACAGAAUGACAAUGCUAGUGAUAAGGAUAGUAAUAAAUCCAACGAUAAAGAAUAUGAAAAAGAUUCAAAGAAGACAGACAAGGAUCAAUGCAAAGGGGAUGAAAAAUCAAAUGAUAAAAUUGAGGAAAAGGAUAAAGUACAAAAAGUGAAGAAACGACGCAGAAGUGCCCUGUGCUUUCUACAGCAGUGGGCUUGGAGUUGCAAUAGUAUGAGACGUUCAGCAAGAGUGAGAAGUUCAAACAGAAGGGAAGCUGAGAGAGACGAUGUCCAAUUAGAGGAGACUCUUAGAAGAAUAUUUCCUAGUACAUUAUUACCAGACACAGUAAAACUGACCAAAGAUGAUCCUUCAAAAAAUAUGGAUGAUUCUAUGGACACGAUGGAGUUGUACCAACUAUUUGCUAAUCAAGAAAACAACAGUAACAUUGCAGAAACGUUUAAAAGUUCGGACAGUUCGAAAUCACCAAGUCCUGAUACAAGUCGACAACAGCAUUACUUUGGGACAGAAUCAGAAGCAGCAGACGUAAACUUGUUUAUUAAUCAACACAGUGGUAAAAGUAAUUUAAUGAUUAUCAUAGCAAGGUAUACAGAAUUUUUGUGUACUAAAUGGAAUCAAGAAUGGCCAAAAGGAAUGUCAGACGUAUAUUUGCAGGCGUAUACAUUUAUGAGGGAGCACAUUCCGCAUCCGUCAUCGUUCGAGGAGGAUAUAGAUGACGAUGUCUUGAAAUUAGAUACCGAAAUGACUUUAUUAUUUGGUGAGCUUCAUACAGACAGAUGGUUAAAUAAUAAACCGGAUAUCUUACCUUCCUCGACAUUAGAUAAGCUCGGUACAGGAUUACCGUCGGAGGAAUUAGGGCAUAUCAUUUUUACUAGCGUUAGAAGGGAUAUUUUAAACGAAGAAAAUAUGUUUAUUUUAUUAAGAGUUUUGUGGCUCAAAGCCAAUGUCUUUCUGUGUCAGGGGGAUACAGACAUUGUCAUUGACUCUUUAGAAUUGUUAUCGAAACAUAUGAAGGAAUUAGAAAAACAAAAUCAAAAUGUUUACCUAAAACUGCCCAAUUGUAAACACAAUUGUCAAAUCAGUAUUAAAAUAGUAGAGAAGAAGCUUAAGUCUAUUCAAAGGGGGCAGAAAUUAGGAGAGAUACAACAUUUGUACGACGAGAAGAAGUACGCGGAGCUCGCCUAUGUACUACAGGAUACAUUUAAAUUUGCAAAGCAAGGAAACAAAUUAUUGUCCGUGAACGAUAACAUCGUCGAUAGGGUGCAACAGUUGUCUAUGCUAUUGGACAGUUUAUGGCAACUACAGCAGUACGAAGAAUGUUACGUAUGGGCGGAAGCCUGUCUGAACGAGUCAUGGCAAAAUUACUUGAACACCGCCGACGAGGCUGAACAAAAGAAAUGGACCAGUUCAGUUUUAAUGGCGCUUGAAAAACUGGAGUCUUGUACGAUCGAAGUCAGCACUUUCGUCGUCAAGUAUCUACCAGAGACGCGUCUCUCGAGAUUGGUACAAAAUUUAGUUCACAUCGUUUGCCAUCAGUUGGACGUUUCAGAAACCACCGUCGAAAUGCCGCUGGAAACCGUUCUCCCUUGGAUCCUGUUGCAUUACGUUCUCCAGUACAAAGAAGACAAGGAAAGAGCAAAGGCUGAAUCGUCGUACAAAAAUAAGCAUAGCUCUAAUUAUUCGGAAUCGGACGACGAGGACGAAGGUGUCCCAGCGUCCAUUACAAUUUUAUUUAUUGCCCAUAAUUUUAUAGGUAGACAUUCGUGGUGCUGUUACAACGAGGCUAAACUUCUGUUCUUCACCUUGAGCCUGGUUAUCCCGAAACUGGAGGCACCUCAGUUCUCCAGCAUCAAGGGUAAAGUUUCUAAAUACCUGGAACAAAUAUUUUAUUGCCUCUAUGGUCACUGCAACAAAGUGAACAAAGGUCGACCGAAGCACAUAGAAGAUCACGGGGUGCCUCAGAUGAAAAUGACCUGGGAAGGGGCUCAAUUAUUGUUCGAUUUCUAUAAACCCAAACAGAUACCCGAGUUUUAUUCGCCCAGAUCUUUAACCAUCAGCGCGGACACGGAGGAGUUGUUUAAGCGGAUCAUAAAAUUGAUCCCUCCGGAGAGCAAUCCGAAUCAGGUUAUCGAUGAGAUGAUGGCUUAUAUAAUGGGCGAACGGAAAACAAUGGUAACGGUUAAGAAACCUUUGCCUCAUUCCAUGUCUACCAUCUAUUACUUGUUAGGAGAUUUUUAUUUUAAAAAUUGCAAAUGGAGCGCCGCGAUUCGCUAUUAUUUAUUGGACUUGUGUUUCCAUCCGUCGAGAUUAAGCUCGUGGACCGGAUUGGCGAUGUCAUCGGGCACUGUAAUUGAAACUUGGUUGAACAGCAACGAGGAUAAACUUUUGGCGAAGGCGAAGAUGACACAAUCGAGUUAUCAGCACGCCGUUGAACUGGACUCUUGCAAUCAUAUCAUUUGGACCGAGUAUGGAACGUUCGCGUACGUCGUUCAUUCGUUUUGCUCGCGAUUAUUAAAGCAGGAAACGGACACCUUGAGCAUGGAACGAUUCGAGGUACUGGAAACUAGGAAGGAAGAAAUGUUGGAGAUUGCUCAUCUGUGUUUCCAAUCCUGUGCGCAUUUAUUUAUCGGCGACAAAGACGGGGUAAUACCGCACGAUGAGAGAUGGCUUUAUCAGUAUAUGCUUGGGAAAAUUGCUGAAAAGAAGAAUCAAGAUCCUCCUAUAUUUUUAGAACAUUAUGCAAAGGCCAGCGAGUUGUUGUAUCAUAACCAUGCACAAUAUCCGCGUAGAAUAAGUCACAAGGGUCCACAGCAUCUUUCAGUCGAGGCACUGGAAGUGCAUUAUCGAAUCCAUGCAAGUGUAUUAAAGUAUCUUGAGCAGCACGAAGGUAAACCAUUGAAGAAAUCUUUGGGACAGGUGCUUCAGUUGCAUCUCGAGAAAUCAGCCCAGGGGCCUUUCAUGGAGCAUAAUUCAAAAGUAAAUGAGAAGAGUAAAGAGGAUAAUCUCUUUGGCAGUAACAAAGGUUCAGGGAAAGAAAUGGAGGUUUCAGGGGAAACGGAGAGGAACGUUGUCGCUAUUAGUCAGCGUUCGAACAGCAUCGAGGAAAUCGAGAUCGUGGAUGGAACGACCAAAGGGUUCAGUCAUCGCGUUGAGCAAAUGAAAACAGAAACACGUAAAAGAUCACCGUCGGAGCUGCCGCAGGACGACGUGAAGAAAAUAAAAUUAGGCAAUGUAUCUCAUUUGCAAUUGAUGCAAGACGUCGUCGCUUUGAUCGACGACGUGAUUACAAAAGUUUGCGACAUGGUUUUGCAAAAAGAAAAAUCCGACGACAUCAUGGUGUUGUCGAGCGACGAGAGCAAUGAAUCAAAGUCGCAGAAAAAGAAAGCGAAGAGAAACGUUGAGAAAACGAAAUCCCGAGCGAAGUCCGACGAGAGCAAGAAGAGCUCGAUGAAAAUGAACAACGUAUUCGAAACCGAGAAGUCUGAAAAUGUUCAGGAUUUAAUGGACGCGUUAAUGAAACAAGCGAUGGAAAUUAGUCAGGAAACGCGUCAGUCUACGCCCGAGGAUGAGGAUACUAGAAAGUUUGAUGGAAAAUGGCUGCAAAGCGAGGAUUUACAAUUAACUAGCAAAGAUUCGAAAGAGAAACCGAGCGAUAAGAAGAAACUGCUUAAAGAAGAGAUGACGAUAAGUAGGAGGGGUUCUCAGGAAAGUACAACGACUACCCAAACGACUACAACAACCGAGACGAAUAAUUCAAGUUCCAGUAGCAGUGACGAAUCGAGCAGCAGCGACGACAGUUCUGACAGCGACAGUUCCAGCGAUACUGACAGCGAUUCUGUUGAAAGUGACAAUGAAAAGAAGAAGAAAGAGACUAAUUUUGCACAGAAGGAAGAGACUAUGACCGAGGAAGAAGUUGCUACUUUAAUAGCAUACUGUUUAGCUGGCCUAGAACAAUGCAUUUUAAGAUUUUCCGAGCAUUACAAAUCUUUUUAUAGGUUAUCGCACUUCUUCUUCAAUAACAAAACUGCCAAGGAUAUAACGAAAUGCAGGAAUCUGUUACUGGACACCUACAAUUGUCAAUUUUACCGGGGCGAAAAUUUUCAAGGACUGUUUUCUGACAGGAAAAGCACUAAUUUUUUUAGCGGUGUUUGGCACAUACCAAACAGAGAAGUCGACAGGCCAGGAAGUUUUGCAUUUCACAUGUCAAGAUGCGUGACAUUAUUAAUGCAAGUACUUAAGGAAACAAACGACGGUCGAAUGUUAAUGCAAUUAAGCGUGCAACUUGGAAAAAUACCAGAAUCAGACAAGAAAUAUUUACGUGACUCGGAAAGGGAACAACUGUCCUGUCAAGCGCUAACUCUCUGUUUGCAAUCUCUUAGAACAAAAGUUCAAUUAAUGGGAGCAAGUACUUCUGACGCUCCUUCUAAUAAGAAUACAGAUGCCAGAACUCAAGUGCUUCUUGACACUUAUUGGGUAUAUCAAAGAGCCUUGAAAAGUUAUCAUACUAAAGAGCAAACAAUACAAACACUGGCUUCUUUAUUGGUGGAUACAUAUAAGACAUAUAUUGGUAAUAAAAAUUUGGAAGGGAACGUUUUGGAGAUUGCAACAAAAUACUGUAAUGAUUAUAACUGCAAUAGAAAACUGUUGAACAAGUUCUUCUGUAAUCUGGAUAAACCUCUACCAGAUACUCAGCCACAGCCUCAAGCAACAUCCCCAGUUCCUGUGAUCGCGUCUCAGCCGCAGGUGACUUCAACAUCACCUCAGUCGUCCCAAAAUCGCAAACCUUACAGAAGUGGCUUAACGACCACCGGUCGGCCACGAGGACGGCCUCCCAAUGUCAACAAGUAUCUACCAACCAUGCAGCACGGUAACCCGAUGAAUCAGUUUAACCCAAAAGCUAACUUCCCCAAUUACAUGGGGGCGUCGGGGAACCGUUCACUAAUGAAUCCUUACUUCAUGCAUCCGUUGGUGGACCCGAAUAUACUGUCCGCUUUAUUAUCCACCGGUUUAAGCAGCAGCAUGAUGGAUCCUUUGUCAGCUAUGAAUUACCUGAACCAAAUGGGAAAUUAUCAGGACAUUUUUAGGCAGUACACGAACAAUCUCUCUUCCCUCUCAAAUUUAACCAGUGGAUUGAGCAGCGCGAUUGCCACCGCGCCUAACAUCAGCAACGUAUCUACAAUGAGCACGUCAACUUCCAACAUGAACGCUGCUCCCAACAUGAGUCUGAACAACUUGAACAACUUGACGGUUCAACAGCUGUUAAGUUUAAGCAAUUCUACAGCGACGACUGUGCGUUCCUCGCCCAUGUAUCAGCAAGCGGCUACCGCGAUAACCACGACCACCGCGUCGAUAACUAAAGACAGACCCAGCAUAUCGAUAACUCCGGUGAACACGGCGCCUGCGAAGAGCAAACCGUCGAAGCAGAGCCCGCAGAGCGAACCUCUGCCGGUUCAGCUACCGAAAUCCUUGCAAAUAUCGCCGCCCUCGAAGCCGGUCCUGCAACCGCCGACCACUCAGGUGUCCCUUCUGAAACCGUCCAUACUUCAGCACGUCAAGACCAGUCCGCCGAAACAGAUGAGCGCGCCGCAAAUCAGGGUAUCGAAAUCGCUGACGGAGCCCCAGCCCGCCCACAAUCCAUCCCUGUCUCAUUCUCCUCUGAAGAGCAACACCGGGACGAAUCCAACGACGGUGCCCCAAGUGGCUCAUUCAACAAUGGGCCCGUCGAUGACCAUGAAGCAGACGCUGCCUAUGAACGUGCCCAGUUCGGGGACCUCGUUGCAGCAUAAACUGCUGUCGAAGAAGAACUCGCAGAGGUCUUACGCUCAGGCAAGCGUGCAGAAUCCGGCGAGGAAAACGAAACCAAAAACGAUGCCCGCGUUGUCCGGCAACUUCUCUAAUAUGUUAAACGCGAUUCCUGGUAAUUCUUCUAUGCCGCAACCACCUUAUAUACCUCCGGAAUUAAGCGGAAUAUCUGUGAGCGCUGUGAAUCCUCAAACUGGUUUGAAAGGUCCCGCCGCAAAGUAUUCUGGUUACAAGAAGCCGUCGGUAAAAACGAAACCUACCUUAUCGACGGACACCGCUUCUUUACCGACGGCGUAUUCUCAAGGGAAUUCAGCCGAGGCUCUGUCCAUGCUUUCGCAAUUGAAGCAACACUCGCAUUUAGAAAUCAUACCCCAGCAGAAGACUCAUAUGAAACCGAGUAUGGAAUAUACGAAGAGCUUGUCUUCGGGUGUAACCGUGGUACCGCAAAAGGUGUCGGAGACACUAAGGUCGAAUACGGAUUGUAUGACUAUAUACGAUUUACCCAGAGUUAAGUCGAGCAGCGUUACCGGCAAAAAAGGAGAGAAAGGCGCCAACGAUAGCGUUGAAAUUAUUACGUUAGACGAUUGAAUAACUCGUCUGCGAUUAGAAUGAUUUUCCUUUUCCUACCAGAUUUUAUUAAUGUAUUAUUCAUUAGGAAAUGCGAGCGACAUUCGCAAUUUUCAGUGGCCAUGAAAUGUCGUAUAUAAUAAUUAAGAAUUCCUAAUAUCGUUGCAGUAUACAGAGUUUUUUUAUUUCCAUCGAAAACGACUGAAAUAGAUCUAGCCUUCUCACUUUUGUGCCUAAUGGAAUCAUACGUACAGUUUAGUUUUCAUAAAAGAAACAGAUGAUAAUACGAUUAUUCUAAACUGUACAGAAAUAAUGAAGACAAAAUUCUUACGCAAAGUUAUACGUAUGUAAGUGUGAACUUUUCACCAAUGAAAUAUGCUUCAAGAUAGAGCGUUGAAUAUCAAUACUUUUUAAGAGGCUCUGAUAACAGUUCAGAUAACGUACAUAUAUAAUAAUGAAUCUUAUUUCACGGUAAUUCCAGAGAAAUGUUUUUUGCAUAUUAAUAAAAUGGAUACAUUAUUUUUCUACUAUGUACAUUCUGCAACUGAUACACUUUUCUUUAUACAUAGGCAUGCGUAAUUAGAUAUUAGCGAAGUCUGUACAUUUUCUAAUUAAUAAUUUAUAAAAAUGACCUUAUGAAAGAAAAGUACGUAUACAUAUAAAUUUAAUACUGUUUAUUACAAUUAAAUAAGAACUUGAAGAUAAUCCUUUUCCAUCUUGUAAAAUUUAUUUUUCUGUUUUUUUUGGAAGGAUUAUUACAAAUGUAACGCUUUUAUAUAUGUGUAAUUUAUACAUUUUGUCAUUCAUUAUUCUAACAAUUGAAUGUUAACAAAAUAUGUUUUAUAUAUCUGUACAUAUGUUGAACAUUUAUACGUGUAUCUAUGUUAAUUUAUGUGGUAGUUUGAAUGAACUUGCAGGUGAACCACGUACACCUAAGCCUGUUAUAGAAAAUAAGUAACCAGCAUAUGGUUGCUCUUUCAGUUCAUUCUCCUUUAAUUCAAUGGUUGCUGAUGUUACGUAUAAAGUAUCAAAUUCAGGACCACCAAAUGCGACGCUGGUUAUGUUCUUGGCACCAUUAAUCUUGAUGAAGCGCAACAAUUCACUUGUUUUUGGAUUUAUUUGAAUCACCUAAGUAUUAUAUAUAUAUUUAAUUAAAUAAAUUAAUGUUAAUUAUUUUUUAUGAUGCUUUUUCACAGUAACUAAAGGAAUACUUACACCACCUCCACCAAACAGAGCUACCCAAAGAUUUCCAUCUGUAUCAAUAGUCAUGCCAUCUGGAAUCCCAGAGAUGUUAUUCUUUUGAAGGUCAAACACAACCCUCUUGUUAGCUAUAAAAAGAGAGAAUUAAAUGUAAAUACACUUAAAACAUAGCACCUUGUACUAUAUAAGAUCCAUGCAAAUUUCUUACAUAUAGCUCCUGUUUGGAAGUUGUAAUCGUAUGCUACUACUUGACGGGUGGGUGAAUCAAUGUAAUACAUUGUAUCGUUAUUAGAGGACCAAGCUAAUCCGUUACUUAUAGUUACAGGAGUCACUUCUUUCUUUAGUGCAAGAUUAUUAUUCAUAACAUAAAGGGAUCCUACAUUUGCUGGAAAAACUCCAUCCUUCGCAAAACCCAUUGUUCCUAAUGGAAAGAAAAUGUACUAUUCAUUAUAAUCAUAUUAAGAUAAUGUAUGUUCUUGAAGAAUAGCUCAACCGACCACCCCAGAAUCUUCCAGCAGCAUCUGUUUUUCCAUCGUUCCAUCUAGUUUCUGUGCGGCUGCUGUCUGCAGUACACAGCGUUUGAGUUGCACAUUUUGUAAGAUUCUUUUCUCCGUCCCAAGAAAGUAGAACAAUGUCUGUACCGGUACUUGACAGAAAUUUGUUAGUAGUACCAGCAACAGGUAUGACAAAAGAAACAGGUCCGUUCUCUAUUAAUUAAAAAAAAAUAAGGUGUCUAUUAGAAGUACUGAAAACUAUGAAACAAUUAAUUUUGUUGUAUUCACCUAGAAAAGCAGAUGUAAUAGUCUGGGUUACGGGAUCGAAUCUGUAAAUUUUCUGAGCAAAUAUAUCAACGAAAUAGAGCUUUUGUGAAACAUGCUCCCAAUGGGGCCCUUCACCAAGCUCAUAGGGCCCUGCCAGUGGCUUAACAGUUACUUGUGACAUCUUCCCUGUGUAAUAAUUGUACAUAUGUAAUUACGUGUGUGUACAUAGUAUACUAUUACAUAAAUGCCUGAAUCGGUUACUUUGUGAUUCUCUACAAUACAAGUACUUACGUCACUAUUUUUAUACACUGACGAUCGCUGUAACUAUGUAACAAAUUAUAAUUAUUACUAAAUUACACUACUUAGUAAUCAAAAUUAGUGUAUAGAAAAUUACCGAAUGCGACUGUCGUACAAAAGAAUUUCUUAUAUAUAAUUUAAGCCACGUGAGGAUGUUGUCACAUAUAAAACAUCCAAAUUUGGACCUCCAAACAUUGCACUAGUUACUUUUGAAACAGGAAGUUUCACAAAACGGAUUACUUUGCCAUUGCGAGGAUCUACGUUGAUUACCUGUUCAUUUAAUAAAUAAAUUAGCAUUCCAGACACCUGAUAAACUCCACAGUAAUACUUACACCACCCCCGUUGUAUAGAGCUAUCCAAAGAUUUCCAUUUGUAUCUAUAGUCAUACCAUCAGGUAAACAAUUUCAUACAUAUGGUUCCACUGAUAGGCUCAAAGUCGAAUGCUGCCACUUGACGACUCAGAGUCAAUUCUGUAAAAUGCCGCUUGUUCAGGUACAACAACAUCGUUCACCUCUGGUCCAAUAGUACCUAUAGAAAAAACAUAUGAAACUUCAACCAACCACCCCAGAAUCUUCCAGAAGAAUCAACUUUGCCAUCGUUCCAUCUGGUACCAUUGCGAUCAGUAUCAACCACAGCUAAUGUUUCAAGAGGAGAUUUUAUAUAGUUUUUCUGACCAUCCCAAUUAACUAGAACAAACUUUGUUGCUACGCCAGCUACAAGUUUAUCAGGUUCUCCUUCAACAGGAACAGCUACUCCAACUGGGCCUUUGUCUAAUUAUAUAAUAAGCAAAGAUAAACUUGCAAACCAAGUUAUUUUCCUUAUCUUAGAAUGUAUGCAAACAGUUUAAUUACCUAUGUAAAUGCAGGCAACAUGUUUGGAGAUAGGACUGAACCUACAUAUUUUUUGGGCCACUAUAUCAACAAAAUAUAGCUUCUGUGUAUGGUGAUCCCAAUGAGGUCCUUCGCUAUGUUUAAACGGUCCUACCACCGGUUCAAUAAUCAGCUCCUUCUUUUUAUCAAUAAGACUCCUGUAGGUAAUACAAAAUUCUGAUAUUGAUCUACGAGUAUCCCGUGAAGGACAUGACCCUAACAGAAUCCUUUCACUUACCUGCCAUGGACAAAGGCUGCAAAGAACAACCCAAAAGAUAAUAAAUUGCAAAUUAUAUUUUGCAUCGUAUAUAAAGCAACGCAACUGAUCGCAAAAUGCUCAAAUAGAAUUGAAAAGUACAAGAAACUUGCGACUUCUACUAGACAAGCCCAAAAGAAAAGUGACGAAUGAGUUCCUCAGUUCCUAUUUAACUCGCCGUUUAAAUACUAUUCCUACGUAAUGUCGAUAUUGUCAACAGCAAUUAAAUGUAUAACAAAGGAACAUUUGUAAGCAUGUUGCAAGUGGCAAACGUUGUCGAUAUUGGUACUUCAUUAGAUUCGAUAACAAUCUACAUACGUUUAGAAAUGAUAAAUUUUUGUUCCUUGAUACGCGACACUUGUUCAAUUAAAAAGAAAA